UUCUUUGAUCCAAUAUCUUCAUGGCUGGUGGAAACUUUAUUCCCGCCGGCGGUGGCGGAGACAAUCCAGAUGAGUACCCAGGGAAGCUAACAGUGUACGUAGCCAUGACUUGUAUCAUGGCAGCCAUGGGAGGGUUGAUCUUUGGCUACGACAUUGGAAUUUCAGGUGGAGUUACUUCCAUGGAUCCUUUUCUCAAACGCUUCUUCAUGCCUGUUUACCAAAAAGAGGCUUUGAACACCUCUACCAACCAGUACUGUAAGUUCGACAGCCAGUUGUUGACCCUUUUCACGUCUUCUCUUUACGUGGCUGCCCUGUUUGCGUCCAUUGUUGCUUCUCAUGUUAGCAAAAAACGUGGCAGAAGAGUUACUAUGGCCCUUGGAGGUCUCUUUUUCUUGAUAGGCGCCGUCCUCAACGCUGCUGCUAUCCAUAUUAGCAUGCUCAUCUUGGGUCGUAUUCUUCUGGGGAUUGGUGUCGGAUUUGCUAAUCAAUCUGUCCCUAUUUAUUUGUCAGAAGUUGCUCCCUACAAAUACAGAGGGACUUUCAACGUGUUAUUCCAAAUGGCCAUCACCAUUGGGAUUCUGAUAGCGAAUUUGGUCAACUUUGGAACUAGCAAAAUCUCUGGCGGUUGGGGUUGGAGGGUUAGCUUAGGAGGUGCAGCCGUGCCAGCACUAGUCAUCCUGGUUUCCUCGAUGUUUCUCUCUGAUAGUCCGAGUUCGUUGAUAGACAGAGGAAAGAAAGAGGAGGCGGAACAAUUGUUGAAAAAGAUCAGAGGAGUUGAUAACGUAAAUGCUGAAUUUAAUGACCUUGUUAUGGCGAGUGAAGCAUCCAAGAAAGUAGAAAGGCCAUGGAAUAAUCUUUUAUUCGUCCGAAAGUACAGACCGCAGUUGGUUUUGUCAAUUCUGAUUCCAUCUUUACAGCAGCUUACGGGAAUUAACGUGGUCAUGUUCUAUGCUCCAGUACUUUUCCAAACAUUAGGGUUUAAGAGUAACGCUUCGCUUAUGUCAGCUGCUAUCACUGGCGGUGUCAACGUGGGUGCAACUUUUAUUUCAGUCUUUUGUACGGAUAAGUUUGGGAGGAGAAUACUCUUCUUCUGGGGUGGCAUCUUCAUGUGUAUAUUCCAAACAGCAGUCGCAGCUCUUAUUGGGGCAAAAUUCGGAACAACAGGGACUGCAACAGAUUUGCCACUUUGGUUUGCAGCUUUAGUGGUUGUCUGCAUCUGUGUAUUCGUUGCUAACUUUGCGUAUUCAUGGGGUCCUUUAGGAUGGUUGGUUCCGAGUGAGAUAUCUCCAUUGGAAGUUCGAUCAGCAGCACAAUGUGUUACGGUCUCCAUGAACAUGUUUUUCACAUUCGGAGUAGCACAAAUAUUCUUGAAGAUGCUAUGUGGGAUGAAGUUUGGUCUAUUUAUCUUCUUUGGGGCGUUUGUGUUAAUAAUGACUGUGUUUGUCUACUUGUACGUGCCCGAAACAAAGAAUAUACCAAUUGAAGAGAUGUCUCAAGUUUGGAGAGAGCAUUGGUACUGGAAGAAGUUCGUGGCCGAUGAUGAUGCAGAAUCAAAGCCACAAGGGAAGCCUGCAAAGGAGAUAGUCUAAAGCAUAUAGGAUA